GUUCCCUUAUAUUCCCUCUUAAUAUCAGUAUAUUUUAACGAGAAUAAAGUAAAUAUUUUUCCGCGCAGGUCAUGCACUGAAGUGUUUGCCCUUCCUCAGAAUAUGCUUUCCAGGAAAAGUGUCACGGCUGCGUCGGCCGGAUUCUGGAUGAAGUCCUUUGGACCUCUGGUGGUUCUGUCCUCUCUGUUCUGUCUCACAUCUGGAUCCUCCGAGAGAGACAGAGUGCACGACCUGAUGUCCAGAUUCCCUCUUAUUGACGGUCACAACGACUUGGCUCUCCAGCUGAGGAUACUUCACAACAACCGGCUGAGCCAAGUGGACCUUUACAACCUCAGCAAAGUGUCCACCGACAUCACCCGCCUCCACGCGGGCCACGUGCAGGCGCAGAUGUUUGCGGUCUACGUGUUGUGUGGCGCCCAGCAGAAGGACGCCGUGAGGCUGACUCUGGAACAAAUAGAUGUGGUCCGGCGCAUGUGCAGCGAGUACCAGGACUUUGAGCUGGUCACGUCUGCUCAGGGGCUCAGGGACUCUGCGAUGAGGCGUAAGAUCGCGUGUCUCAUCAGCGUGGAGGGCGGCCACUCCAUCGACAGCAGCCUGGCGGCCCUCAGGAUGUUCUACCGGCUCGGGGUGCGCUCCAUGUCGCUCACGCACACCUGCAACACGCCCUGGGCAGAAUCCUCCUCAAAACUUUACGAUGUCUAUCGAAGACAGAACGACAGCCUGACGGCCUUUGGGAAGGCUGUGGUGGAGGAGAUGAACCGGGUGGGGAUGAUCGUGGACCUUUCCCACACUUCCUGGGACACCGCCUCGGCCGCGCUGCAGCACUCCAAGGCGCCGGUUAUUUUUAGCCACUCGUCGUCCUUCUCCGUGUGCGGCCACGGACGCAACGUGCCGGACCGACUGCUGCUGGAUCUGAAGCAGCAGCGUGGGCUGAUCAUGGUGAACUUUCACAGCAACUUCGUGUCCUGCAGCGACGAGGCGAACAUCUCCCACGUGGCCGACCAUUUCGACCACAUCAAGCAGGUGGCCGGAGCCGAGUCCGUCGGAGUCGGCGGGGACUUCGAUGGAGCCGUGAACGCCCCCUGUCCUCCCCGUCGACAGCUUCCCUCUGGGCCUGGAGGACGUGUCCAAGUACCCCGCCCUGAUCCAGGAGCUGCUGCGCAGGAACUGGACCGAGAGCGAGUUGGCGGACGUCCUCCGACACAACUUCCUGCGCGUGUUCGAGGAGGUGGAGAGGGUCCGGGAUCAGUUGUCUUCGACCCGGCCCAGCGAGGUCCAGAUCCCUUUGGAGGAGGUGCAGAACCCGUGCAGGCUGGUCCUCAGACCACCGAGCCCCAGAGGCUCCUCCCACCUGUCCCCCUCCUCCAGAGCCCAGCAUGGACCCAGAGGCCUGCUCCUCCUGGCCGUCGUCCUGCGGCUUUCCAGCCGACUUGUGAUUGAAUGAAUGUUCAGCUUCACCAUAAAUUAUUAUUUAAAAAACUAUAAAUAAGGAGGGCGUGAUGAGUUUGCUGGGCAGCACCAAAGAUAAGAGGAGAAUCUCUUUAUUACCAUUUAAAUGGACAGAAUGCAUCAAUCCCAUAGAGCACUUUACUAUAUAUUUUGAAAUAUUGAGUUUUUAUUGAAUGUGUUAUAACUUUGCCGACAUAAUCUGUGUGAAAAAUGUACGACGUGAGGCAGAUGCCGAAAACCGCCGAGGCGGCACAUUAAAGUUGUGAUUUUA